UGUGAGAUAAAAAGGUGAUUGGGAAUAGUCUGCACGGCGCAACAGAUGAGACCACACCUCGUAUUUUCUGAUGAAUGUUUGGGCCUAAGUCCGCGCGGGGCCCAAUCCAAAUUGCAGCAGAGCAGACCAGGCCAGACCAAAUUCAGCAGAACCCGGGAUCCGGGAUCCGAUUGAUUGAUUUAGCCACCGCUCCGCUAUUCUCAUGGAUGAUGUCACCAGACCAGCAAUUUGCAUGCGCAAAUCUCAAUCUCGACAGCAUCGCAACGUGUUGGGCCGCUCCUGGGAGCGCGUGCCAAUCUCGUCCUUGUUUUCCGAGCCACUGGAUUCUAUCCUCACGUGUCACAAACCCCACAUCCCGACCUAACCCUAUAUGAAAGCCCGGGCCUUCCUGCUUCCAAUCUAAAGGCGACCACUUUGCCAGCGCAACAAUGGCAACCUUUACCUCCCACGUUGUCAAAGUCCACAAUCUUUGUUCACCUUUGUUGAUGCCGACGACGAGAUCCAAAUACACGAUUUCUUCGGGUUUGACAUCAGUCGCCUGGUCUCAGCCUCAUGGGGGGAGGUUGAGAUUAGAGCAAUCAUGGCCAAAUAGGCAGCUAGAGAAGGUGGUCGAGUGUGCCAAAGGGGGUUCAGCUUCAGCUUCGGCGUCGGAAUGGGGAGAUGAAAUCGUAACAGAAGAAGAAUUGAUGGGUCUGGGGAAGUUGGGAGGCAAGUGUGAAGAGACCAGAGGAAUUGCAGAGUUGUUGGAGUGCUUGGAAAGAGAAGCAAUCAUGGGGGAGGAUGAAGGUAAAGAGCCCACUGAUUACAAUCGAAGGGCUCAGAUUUUUCACAAGAGUUCUAGGGUUUUCCAGUCGCUUAAAGAAAGCAGCACCCCUCUUCCCUAGUUGUUCUUUUGAUUUCUGGGGAAGGUAGCAGUACCCGACCCGGGCCUAUAGCGUCAGCGUGUGGGGUUGAUUUUUUAAUAACUGGGAAGAAUGACGUCGAGCGUUAACUGUCUAAGCUAACAGUGUUUUUAAUCAUACAACAGUUUUUGUGUAAUUGUAUAUCACAAAUCAUCAAUCAACACAUGUUGAUUUUUUUAUUAUUUUUUUUAACCCGCCUGAUGAGAUCAAUCUCAUGGUAUCAAAUUUGUAUUGCAAAAUAGUAAUUCGAUGGAAUACGUUUUAUUAGAAGCACGGAUUCCGUUCGAGAUUCUAUUAUUAACAGAAUAUAUCGAUUAGAGCUACUCAAUUUUUUUGUU